GAGCCCUCGAAAUAAAUAAAUAAGUGCGGGUGGCUUUUGAACUGCCCACAGACUGUCACAGAGAGGGGGGGGUAGGGGGGGGGGAAGGGAGGGAAAGAGGGAGGGGGAGAGAGAGCGAGAAAUGCAGAGGCAGCAGCCGCGGUAGCGGCGGCAUUGCUCCAGCAGGCACCAGGCACUCCAGUGCCGGGCGGCGAGCGGGGGAGCCGCAGCGCUCGGAGCGGGGCGAGCGGGCACGGGGCCACCCGGGGUGCUCGGUGACACGGCCACACGCGGACACGAGAGGGGCACGGAGGAGAGGCACGCAAGAGCUCCAGAAUGGGAGGCAAACUGAGCAAGAAGAAGAAGGGGUACAGUGUCAAUGAUGAAAAAGCUAAAGACAAAGACAAGAAGGCUGAAGGAGCAGCAGCUGAGGAAGAGGAGACUCCAAAGGAGGCUGAGGAUGCCCAGCAAACCACAGAGACCACAGAAGUGAAGGAGAACAACAAGGAGGAGAAGGGUGAGAAGGAUUCUCAGGUCGCUGCCAAUAAGACAGAAGAAAAAGAAGGGGAGAAAGAGAAAACAGUGACCCAGGAAGAAACCCAGAAAGCAGAACCAGAGAAGUCAGAGGCUGUUGUUGAUGCGAAAGUAGAGCCACAGAAGAACAACGAACAGGCACCCAAGCAAGAGGAGCCAACUGCAGCCUCUGCUCCUGCUGCCAGUAGUGAAGCACCCAAAACCUCUGAGCCUAGCAGCGAUGCAAAAGUUUCUCAGCCUUCAGAAGCCACAGCUCCCAGCAAAGCAGAUGACAAGAGCAAAGAAGAAGGGGAAGCCAAAAAGACUGAGGCUCCCGCAACGCCUGCAGCCCAAGAAACUAAAAGCGAAGUGGCCCCAGCUUCAGACUCAAAACCUAGCAGCAGCGAGGCUGCACCUUCUUCCAAGGAGAGCGCGGCAGCCACAGCAGCACCUAGUUCCACUGCCAAGGCCUCGGACCCUGCAGCCCCACCAGAGGAAGCGAAACCUUCUGAAGCCCCAGCGACUAAUUCGGAUCAAACCAUAGCAGUGCAAGAUUAAAUUGGACAGCCUAUUGAAACAACCACUUAAAACAACCUGUGUCUUUUUUUUAUUUUUUCAGCUAUACUAACUUGUUUCAGAUCUGAAAUAACAAUAAGUAUUGCCCAGAAAGAAAAGGAAAAAAAAAUGAAAAGGAUGUCCCAUCAAGUUGGGAGGGAGGGAGGGGGGAGAAUCCAAAUAGUAUUUUUGUGGGGAAAUAUCUAAUAUACUUUCUGCCAACUUGACACAAGUCCUGCAUUAAAAAAAAAAAAAGUAAAAUAGAUGGAUGUCUGAAAGUACAGCACAUCUUUUGUAUCUGAACUGCUGUAAAUGCAUUCCACCAAUGUAUCAAAAUCUUCUUUUUGUUCUGUAAUGGGGUUUGGGAGUGAUGCGUUUGAUUCUGCCCACUGGGUUUGUGCCAAGGCAAUCAGAUCUUUAUGAAAGCAGUAUUUUCUGUGUUUUUUUUUUUUUUUAUUUUAUUUACAGCCUUUCUUAUUUUGAUAUUUUUUUAAUGCAGUGGAUGAAUGCCAACUUUCAGACAAAACCCACUUAGCUGUCCACAUAUUUCUCAAUGCCAAUCCUCCAAUUCUUCCUCUCCAAAUAUUUUUUGGGAGUAAAAAGCAUUCUCAUCCUACUUAGCCUACCUAGAUUUCUCAUGACGAGUUAAUGCAUGUCCGUGGUUGGGUGCACCUGUAGUUCUGUUUAUUGGUCAGUGGAAAUGAAAAAGUCUGCGUUCAUUGCAGUUCCAGUUUCUCUUCCAUUCUGUGUCACAGACACCAACACACACUCAUUGGAAAACAAAUGAAAAAACAAAAUGUACAAUGGAUGCAUUGAAAUUAUAUGUAAUUGUAUAAAUGGUGCAACAGUAAUAAAAGUUAAAUAAUUUAAAAAAUAUAAAA